AGCGGCAAAGGCAAUAGUGUGGCUUGAGAGUUUCCUCAUCACUCUUCUUCUCUGCUCUCUCGCUCCUCCUCCUCUCUCGUUUUCUCAUCUCAAGGUGUCUCAAUCUCUCUCAGUUUACAGAAGAUGGAGGAAACGCAUAUGAAUAUGGUUCUCUGUUUCUCAGUUUCUCGGAAUCAAAUUCCAGAUUACAAUCCGGAGGAAAAGAACUGGACUGAGAAAAUUCUGGAUGAUGUGGGUGAUUUCAAAAGUCUGGAAGAGGUGGUGUCUAAGCUGACAGAGAAACUGAAUCUCACCGAGUCUCAGGUUGCGGGUAUAAGGAAGACAUUGAUUAAGGUUGAAGAAGAAGCUGCUAAACUCACACCACCACCAAAGAGUGCUGCAAAUCCAUGUAGUAAAUCAAAGAAGAAGAAGAACAUGAAAAAACAAGCCUCUAAGCAGCAGACACAAGCUGAACUACUACUUGACCCUGCUGAUGUUGAAACUAUUGAAGCAAUGAAGAAGGAGAUUUCAACUACUCUGGACUUGUUGAAGAUCAUACAACACCUACAAAACCCUACAAGAGUUGGAGUUAGACAAGUCAGAGCUUCUGCUGGUGACAAAAUCAGUGGACGAGUGAGAGCUGGAAACAAAAUCAGUGGACUAGUGAGAGCUGGGAGCAUUGUCAGUGAACAAGUGAGAGUUGGGAGCAUCAGUGAACAAGCAGGGCUAAGGAAGCAUGUUGGAAACCGAUGGGAAUGAAGG